AUGAUUUUAAAGCCUUCUAAUUGCUCAGAAAGUAGUGGCUCAUUUUGUUCUAUAGCCACUGAAUCUCUUGAUUCGCCUUCAACAUUUUAUGUUCCCAAAGAGCGUGUUGCCUCUUUCUAUUGCAAGAACGAGCGGUUGCAUCAGUCAAUACUUGCCAUUUUGGGUGCGGGUCUUGCCAUUUGGGCUAUUAACACAUCAGCUGUUCAUAUAGGGCUGAGCUGGUACUUUUAUAAGUUAGAUCCAAUGAAAGAGCCUAUCUAUCCUCUCAACACGGCCUCUUUCUUUUUAUUUUCGCUGACGCUACUUGCUUCGCUUAUCUCUAUUCUGGUAAAAUACGUCUUUGUGGGAGUUCCGGCCAAAACUAAGGUACCAGAGAUGUUGUCUACGGCAGUUGGUCCUCAACCUUUCUAUUCAAAAGCUAUAAACCCAUUUAUUAUCUGCUACUUGGCCGUGUUUUUAGGGGCAUUUGCAUGUUUACUGGGCUCGGCUGGCUGGGUUGCUUAUACAAACCCGAGCGUCCUCUACGACACUUUGGUGCCUCCUUCUAAUACUACUUGCUGGUUUAAUAUUUCGUCAUACACAACUGUCAACUGGUGUUUGGGCUCCUAUAUUUCCCAGGCUCUUAUAUAUUUGCUGGUUGUGUUUCUCUGCUGGGCGACAUUGAGUGGCUCGACUCCACUUGUGCCCUGUAUUUGGGCUUCAUGCGGGUUGGCGCUGGCCUUCCUUAUAUAUUUGGUUUGUAUGGGUGGCUUAAUCUUUGAGCACUCGCUCACUAUUAUGGGCACACUUACUGCGGUUGGAAACUUUGUGUUAGGCUGGAUAAACCCCGCGGGUAGUCUCUUGGUGUAUUUGUAUCUAGAAGAAAGACAAGUUAGAAUAUUUGAGUCUAGCACUUUUCCUCAACCAGAACAUCCUGAUGGCAAGGCAUCAUUGUGCUUGUUACAAUAUCGUGGUUUGCUUGUUCUUCUUUAUCACCUCUUGUUGACUUUAAUCUCGGCGGGGUUUGUCUACUGUUAUUAUAUAUCUACAUGUGAUAAAUUGAUUUGGUUCAUUCAGAAGGAGGAAUAG